UCCUUGUUACCUAUCAUGAGUCAUUGCGUCAGGUGCGUCAGAUGCGUCAGGUGUGUUUUACCUGCGUCUCCUGUGGUGACGUUAGCGCACACCGAUUGGAAGAAAGCCACACAUUUCAGUCAUUAAACUAGUAAACAAAGAAACAUAGCUGAGCAUCUUUUUAUUUAUUACCACCAUGGACAAAUUAAAAUCUGUGUUAAGUGGCGAAGAGUCGCGGAGAGAGGAUCGCACCAUUUUGGAGACGGUGAACGAGGCCUCGACACUGAGCUGGACGACCCGUAUCAGAGGAUUCAUCGUGUGUUUUAUUAUUGGAGUGGGGUGCACAAUUUUGGGAGUUGGCUGUCUCUUUCUCCCCAAAAUUGGAAUCACUCUUUUUAUUGUUUUCUACACAUUUGGGAACAUAUGUACACUUGGAAGCACCAUGUUUCUAAUGGGACCCAUGAAGCAACUGAAGAGGAUGUGUGACAAAACAAGAGCACUGGCCACCACUAUUAUGAUCACUUGUCUCGUGUUGACUCUUUGUGCAGCAUUUUGGUGGAAAAACUUUGGGCUUGCUUUGCUAUUUGUCAUCUUGCAGGUGUUGUCAUUUGCCUGGUACAGCUUGUCCUAUAUUCCUUGUGUGAGGGAAGCCAUUUUGAAGCUGGUGUCUGUCUUUAUAAAGUGAACCAAACCAUGACAUUGUGACUCAUUAAGACACUUUAUUAAUAUUUUUGUUAUGAAGUCCUUUUACCUGCUCAUCACCUGCUGCUAUUUUUUUUUUAAUUGUGUAAAUAUUUUAACAACAGAAAGUGCUGACUUUCUGUUUGAAAGUUAUUUUUAUUUGCAAAGGUUAAUUAUGUCAGUGUCAA